AUGGACUCUGAUUCGCAUCAUCCGAAUGGGGGCCUGGGUUAUACCCCGAACCGUCGUAUCUCGUUUGUAGGCAUGAAAAUCAAUCAAGUGAAAACCGAAUUGGAGAGUCAACUCCAGGAUAAGGAACGACUUCUCGGCAGUAUUCCUACCAAUGGCAUAAGCAAGAAUGCGCUCCUGAAACAAACUGCAGAAAUACGGCAAACUAUCCAGGACCUCAAUGCCCUGGACGAAGACGACGAACUACCAGCGACCAGCAGGAACCAACUGGAAAAUUUAGCCAGUGAAUUUCAAUUUGUCAAAACGUUUCCAUCAAAGUCAGGCGUUGCUCGAGCGCAAGAUGUGUCUCAACUAUUACCUCCUCCGCCUAAAACGUCGACGUCCAGUAAACUCAGAACCAAACCUAAUCGAGGACCACGACGAAAUACAGACAUCGAAUUCGCCACCGAGAUUGGUCAGGGAUUGCUCAUUGAAGUACGCAAAUUGCAAGCGGCUUUGCAGGAAAAAGAGGAACGGAUCAAACAAUUGGAAGUGUCGGAUGCUGAACAUGAACGACAUCAUGAAACCACCCUGAAACACUUGAGACAAUUGGAAGAUGCGCAAGAAAAACUAAAAGAGGAGAACUGGAGUUUGGAAGUGGCUAAUCAGGAAUUGCGAACAAACAUGUCGGAAGUGAAUCAAACCGUAACCAAAGUGAAUGCCGAUUAUGCAAGAGCCACCAAGCAAUUGACCGAAGUAUCGGAACAAUUGGAAAUGUCCAAGGCACAGGAAGAAAAGGCCAAAACAUCACUGGAAACAUUAAAGGCAAGGCACGAGCACGAUGCGCAAGGGUUACGACGUCAAGCGGGCGCCCUCCAACGCGAAAAUACUCAACUUCAAAAGCAACUGGAAGCACUAUCGACGGAGCUUAAAAUUUGUCAAGCCAAGCUGGCCAUCAAGGCCACCGCGACGAACCGUCCCUUGCCCGUGGACAAGGAACCCAAGCUUCAGGAACAAGAGUCAGAACCCGACAAUGAUACUGACGCUUCACCGUCGUCAUCCAAUGGGGCGCAUUCUGUUCGGUUUAUCCAGGCAAUGGAAACGGAAACGCUCCGACAAUCGUUGGGCCACGCCCAUCGUAUUAUUUCGAACCUGCGUAGCUCGUUACAUAAGGAGAAAUUAGAAAAGUUUGAGAUCAAAAAAAUGUUAAGCGACAGUCAGGAAACCAUUGAACAGAUGCGAAAAAAAAUGAGCACGUGGCAUUCAGGUUACGGUAACGGUAGAAAGAAAUCUGGAAACAAGGCGGAAAAGAACCAACGGGCCAAGGUCUUGAGAAAACGAGGGGCCAUUGCUCGUCAACCCAAAGGAUUAAGCGAACCCGGUUCGGCUGUGAGUGAUAAAGAAACCGAUGCAUACCCUGCAGACAGAUUGGAAGAAGACGAUCUUUUCGAGGAGGAGGACGAGGAAGAUCAAUUGGAUCAAGACGAUGACGACGAUGAGGAUGAUGAUGACGAAGACGAGGAUGACGAGCUUGAUCCACACGAUUGGGGUUCUUCGCCAUUCACAUUCAACGGUCUAGGCAAUUUCUCGGCACCGUUAUCACUGUCCUCGGAAUUGCAACACAGUAGCUCGCCAAAAUCGACAGUGGAUGUGGGCGUGAACACAUGUACAGAAACCUCAUUGAACGAAUCUCUAUCCACGCAACUGUUGCAUGAAGAAAACAAGGAGAAUAUGAUUCCAAUUACUGAGGCCGAAGCUUUGCUAAAAUCAGCGGUGGAGAAGGCGGUUAAAGAAGAGAGAGAUGGAUAUGCAUCAUUGCAUGCCAACAUGAUUUCAAAAGAAGAGUCGGAGGCCUUGGUGGCCUCUGUCCAAACCGCACUGGAGAAUGAAAGAAAUGAAGCGAAAUUGCGACAGGCGGAGCUAAUAUCGCAAGCGCAAGUGGAUAUCUUAAUACAGCAAGCGGUCGAUAAAGCUGUCAACGCCGAACGGCUGAGAGCCGCCGACAGAGAAGCCGAUAUGAUUUCCAAAGCCGAAGCUGAGUUGAAAGUAACGCAAGUUGAGAAAAGCAUGGCCCAAGCCAUGGAGCAAGCAGUAGCAAGUCUGAAAGAAGAAACGGCUAUGCGUGAAAAGGAGAUGAUACCCAAGGAUGCAGUGGAUAGUCUUAUCAAGACAGCGGUAAAUGAAGCUUUAUCAAAAGAACGGAUGGAAGCCGCCGUGCAGCAAACGUACAUGAUCACUGACAUUGAAGCGACCGACGUCCCGCCUCGUCCUACCGAAAAUCAAGAAUACCAAGGUCCCGUCAAAGACACCGCGGCAGACGACAUGCUUUCGACGCACCAUGUAGCCACCGACGCGGAACAACCGAGUCCUCAGCCGGCGGCAACAGAUGCAAGAUCGACAGAGGCCCUGGAUGCUCAGAUUGAAGACGCGGUGGAGAAAGCGUUGGCAAAGGAAAGAGAAGCUGUGGCGAUAGCGCAGGCGACGAUGAUGUCCAAGGCAGAAGCCGAUGCAUUCAUCAAGCAGCAGGUGGAGGAAGCCGUGAAUCGAGAAAAAGAAGCCAGUCUGGCUCGCGAAGCUACCAUGAUGAGGCAAUCGGAAGCCGAAGCCUUGGCACAAGCUCAAGUGGAACAAUCAUUGGCCAACCUGCGUGCCGACAUGGCCAAGCAAGUAGAAUCCAUGAUGGCCAAGGAUGAAGUGGAUCGUCUUAUCAACGCAUCGGUAGAAGAAGCCUUGGCCAAGGAACGAAAAGAAGCGAAUCAACGAGAAAUGACACUGAUAAGUCGAGCCCAAGCCGAUGAGUUGGUCCGACAAUCCGUUGAAGAGGUCCUGGCAAAAGAAAGAGAGGCGACCAUGGUAUAUCAGGCCCAAUUGAUGACCAAAGAUCAAGUCGAUGCCUUGGUACAAGAAUCGGUAAAUGAAGCUCUAGCAAAGGAAAGAGAAGCGACCACGAUGUAUCAGGCGCAGUUGAUGACCAAAGACCAAGUCGAUGCCUUGGUACAAGAAUCGGUGAAUGAAGCUUUGGCAAAGGAAAGACAAGAGGUUGCGGCGCGGGAAGCCAACAUGAUCUCCAAGGAAGAAGCGGAUGCUUUAGCCAAAGCGUAUGCUGCUGAACAACAGCUGUCCGCCCGGGACCGUGCCGAUCAUCUCGAUACACUCUCCGUUCACAACCAAUCAUCUUAUCAACAAAGCCCUCAGAUCAACGAACCACCGAUCGUGUCCACGUUCUUGUCCGAGAAAUCCACCUCGGUAUCUCGACUUGCCAAAUUGUCGGGACUUGUCAAGUUACACCCUUCAGCAUCCACGCCGGCCAAUGGCCAACGGACACUACGUCCCUCAUCCUCGAUUUCAUCGUUGCGAUCCGAAAGUGGACGAAAAUCGGUGUCGAAUGCAAAUGAAGCCCCAAGUUAUGGCACCGUACGUAUCGUGGAACAGCGAACAUUGGCGCCGGUGCGUCCCACACCUUCACGAUCGGAUUCAUUUGCUCGUUUCGGCUCCAUGCGAAGUCUCCACAAGCAAACCACAUCGACUUCGGGCUCUACCAACUCUUCCCUCGAUGAUACAACGGCCAUAUAUCUUCCAUCGUCUGCGGCCGGUUUCCUGGCUCAAAACACGCAAGGCACAGACACCGAAGUCAUUUCAGCCAUCACACAAACCAUGAUCGGAGAAUGGAUGUUCAAACACACUCGUCGUCACGUCGGCGGCGGCAUCUCGGAAAACAAGCACAAACGAUUCUUCUGGGUUCAUCCCUACACGAGAACAUUGUACUGGAGUGCCACCGAACCUGGGGUCGACAGCAACGAAGCCAAAGCCAAAAGCGCUUUCAUCGAUUCGCUUUCAGUGGUGGCUAGCAAUGACACGACGGGUGCUUCACCACUCAGUUUAUUGAUCAAAACCACGAAACGCGAAUUGAAAUUGACCGCUUCCGACAUUGAUCGUCAUGAAUUAUGGCUUCUGUCCUUAUCUUAUCUGGUGAUGCGGCCAGAGACGGAAGGUAGUGAAUCCGUGAAACAGGAAGGGAGCAUCAAACCUUAUCUCCACGAACAAUCCAGUCUGAGCACAGGCAUUCAUUCUUACAAUGGAUAUGAUUCAGAAGACUCUGAAGACCUCAUUGAUAUACGACAAUGUUGCGACGGUAAACAUGACCUUACCACCCUGAGUCGCGAUCACAAGCAUCAUCAUCAUCACUAA